AUGGAUGAGGGAGUUUCUCUGAGCAGGCAUACUUUCGCCAUUGUCCUUCUUCUUCUGCUGCUUCUGAGUUUUGAAGGAUGCAAUUCCAUGGAACCUUUGCUCCCAGAGUUAUCUCCUAAUGCAGCUCCUCAGCCAUUUCUUCCUCUCCUGGCACCUUCCCCUCUGACUCCUUUCACAAAAAACACAAUUCCACGACUAUCAGGAGAGUGUGCAUUGAACUUUACUGCCGCUGAGAGCAUGAUGAGCACAACAUCGAUUGAUUGUUGGGCAUUCUUUGCGCCACUUCUGGCCAAUGUCAUGUGUUGUCCUCAGUUGGAAGCUACACUCACUAUUCUCAUAGGCCAAGCUAGUAAAGCCAGCAAUGUGCUGGCUCUAAGUGGCAGUGCAUCGAAGUACUGCCUUUCCGAUAUUGAGCAGAUCUUGAUUGGUCAGGGUGCUGCUGAGAAUCUGAGGAGGAUAUGCUCCAUUCAUCCGUCGAAUCUCACCAAAGGGUCAUGUCCUGUUAGAGAAGUGGAUGACUUUGAGAAAUCUGUGGAAUCUGAAAAGCUCCUUGCUGCUUGCCAAAAUAUCGAUCCCGUGAAGGAAUGUUGUGAGCAAGUUUGUCAAAAUGCCAUUUCUGAAGCUGCUGAAAAGAUCGCGGCAAAGGCUUCUCAAGUUUUGACUCUCAAUGGUCCCGGUACUGUACCUAGGAACUCAUCAACUGUAGUUCAUGAUUGCAAGAGGAUCGUCUUAAGAUGGCUUGCUAGUAAACUGGAUCCUUCAAGAGCAAAGGAGGUUCUCAGGGGGCUUACCAAUUGCAAAGUGAACAAAGUUUGCCCGCUGAUUUUCCCUGACAUGAAACAUGUCACCAAGGAAUGUAGCAACACGAUGCGAAACCAGACAGAAUGUUGUCAAGCCAUGGAGAGCUAUGUGUCUCACUUACAGAAGCAGAGCCUCAUUACAAAUCUUCAAGCUUUAGAUUGCUCUACAACGCUUGCUAUGAAGCUGCGAAAUUCAAACAUCACAAGUGAUAUUUAUAGCCUUUGUCACAUAACUCUCAAAGAUUUCUCACUCCAAGAAUCUGGAUGCCUUCUGCCAAGUUUGCCCUCUGAUGCAACAUUUGACCAGUCUUCUGGGAUCAGCUUCAUCUGUGAUCUGAAUGACAAUAUUCCAGCGCCAUGGCCCACUUCUUCACAGUUAUCAGCAUCGUCGUGCAAUAAAACUACCAAACUCCCAGCACUUCCAGCUGCUGCUUCUUCUGCUCAAAGUGGCCUGUACCACAGGGGAGUGUUCUUUCUCAUGUUGUUUCUAACUUCAACAGCCACCGCUGUGCUCUUAUGA